AUGGAAGUUCUCAGACCACAACUGAUAUGGAUUGAUAAUCGAUGCUACAGAAAAAACCCACUCAAAGACAGCAAAGCCUUCAACCCUGAAAAUGAAGACUUCUUUGACUCAGAGUUCUCAAGCACAGCUUACAAUGAUGAAGUCUGUGGCUUGGAUGUGGACAUAGAAGAGACUAGCAAAGGUUUUCGUUUGAAAAUGGAAGUACCCAGUGCCUAUUACAAGUUCAUUAUAGGCAAAAAAGGAGAGACCAGGGCACGGCUUCAGGUGGAAACUCACACACAGAUUCACAUCCCAAAAGUUGGGGAUAAACAGGAAGUAAUUGUCAUUGAAGGCCAUGACAAGAAAGGGAUAAUUUCUGCCAAGACAAGAAUUGAUGUUAUCAUUGAUUCUGCCCGUCAGCGACAGCAAUUUACUCACUUCUUGUCCAUACCAAUCAAUUCAGAUGAGGUGGUUAUGGGUUUUGAGGAUUUCAAGUUGAAGGUGCUGAAAAUCUUUGAUGGGGACAGAGGCCUUGACUCAAGUUUGUUUCAAAACCCAAAGAAGCUGCACUUGACAGUUGGAACUCUUGUUCUGCUGAGUGCCAAGGAGAUUGAGAAGGCUUCCUCUUUGCUACAUGCAUGCAAGGCAGAGUUGGUAGAACCUAUACUAAGAGGUCAAAGGUUAGAAGUUCAGGUGAAAGGUCUGGAGUAUAUGAAUGAUGACCCAGGAGCAGUUGAUGUACUCUAUGCUAAAAUUGAACCAGGAGAAGCUUGUGAACGACUGCAACUUCUUGCGGACAGACUUGUAGACAGGUUCACAAGUGCAGACCUCAUGCAGCGAGAGUAUGACCGUGUCAAAGCUACAUAUCCCUCAGGUACUUCAGUGCCAAAAGUCGACCAUAAUUCUAGACGAGGAAACAAGCUGCGGGAGUCUUUUGAUGCCUCUGGUAUUCUGAAGAAAUUUCCAGAUUUCAAUUUUGGAUCGCAGCAUAUAUCCAGCAUCCAUCUUUCUGAGAGAUUCUCCACAGGCCAGGAUGAAUAUUAUGAAUGUGUGACCUCUGUGCCAUUGCCCAGUUAG